AUGGGUGUUGGGUGCAGCGAAUGGGAAAAGGAAAAGAAUGAGAGGAGGUGUAACCAAUGCCUUUCGUGCGGCAGCGCGGUUGAAGCGUUCAUUGCAGCUUUACGAAAUGUUGCCAGCGCAGGGAAAUAA